CCAAAAUGCCAUCCAGCGAUCGUGCUCGUCGGGCUCUGCUGGCUCUUUGGGACUCAGUAAUCCAAACAAAAACCAACUGGGACAUCGGCAAAAUUACUGCCUCGGACCUUAGUCAAAUCAAAGUCAAGUGGGACACUUUCCCUCUGGACCAUAAGCCAGGUAGUUAUAUGUGUGCCAGCCCCCCUGUGCUCUUCUGCCCUCUACCUCAAACCGUGCUUGAUACGCAUCCAGUCAAAGAGGAACCGGGGUUCAUCGAAUAUGCGCCGUCAACCAGAGGCCAAGGGCCGGCAGGGCUUCCGUGGAGUCCGUUAAAUUGUGCCACCAAUGUCGAAAGGUAUCUUUCCGGCUGGCUGAGCCACUUCUCACGAGUUGGUUUCCCCAAGCCACCUCGUGAGGGAGAAACAAUGACCAGGUUGAGCCUUGUUUGUGAUGUUGGAUGGGAACAGAUCACUUUCCCAGAUCCUCUGCUUCUCAAAAACGGACUGGGCGGCAAGAUCAUCGGUCAGCAGAGACUAUACGAGGGAUUUGCCUGGCAAUGGCCGGAGGAGGAAAACGGCCUUCCCAAGUUUCCUCAUAUCGUCGCGUCCGUUCGCCUAAAUUGCGACGUUCACGAAGACACCAUUACCUUGGUCGAGCUGACGUUCCUGAUUAAUGUCAUGAAAUCACGCGCCAGCCAGCCAGAUAUUUCGGAACAGGAAGCGGAACUCUGGCACGAAGGGGUUUUCAGAGAGAAAGACAUGCAGAAUCGACCGCCGGUAUUCCCCCGAGAGACGCGAUUCCCCAUUCUGGUGGUGUCUCUCGUCGGGCCACAACACGGGCGUAUGCUGUACGCAUGCAUGGACAAAGGAGUUAUGUCCAUUCGACAGUCUAGACUAUACAGCUUUGAGAAGAAAGAUACGGAGAUUCUGGAUCUUUUUACGCGCUGGCUGUUGAGCACCCCGAUCGCCGAGGGAGAUGGUUGACUGUUGCUUGUACUCCAAUGAUAAUAAUGAUAAUACGAGAUAAUAAG